AUGCCUCGCAUCCUGCAUCUGCCGUUGCUCCGCAGCAGCAGCAAGGAGGAGCGCGGCGCUCCGCUAGAACGCCCAAAGACCGCCGCGGUCCUUCCUUCCGCCAUCCCCGCGUGUUCUUCCGUCGGCCCCGCGCCGAGUCACUCGUCCCUCCUCGAGCGCAAGACGUCGCUCCCCUCAUUCCUCCCGCGCAAGUCUUCUGUGGAACAGGCGCGCAAAUCCCCCUCGGAACAGCGCCCCGCAGAGCAGCGCCCGCUCCGCGAGGGUCCCCCGGCGCUGCGUCCCAAGUCCCCGCAUCACCUGGAGUGGGUGCGCCAACUGUCGCUCUGGCAGGGCGCGCAGGCGCAGCAGGGGGAAGCGCAAGCACAAGCGCACGGCGACGCGCAAGGAUGGCCCGCGGCGCAGGAGGCGGAAGUUCCUCGGAACGGACAGUUGAAGGCGUCGCAGGGGAAGGCACGCGGCGAAGCGCAGGGAUCGGUGCAAGAUGCACGGAAAGGGGGAGCGCGCAAGGACGAUGCGCGGAAGGGGCACGUGUCUCGGCGGAGGCAGUUUGUGCAGCGGAUAACGAGCCGGAGCGCGGAUGCUAACUGUCUCCCUGAGGCGCCAAUUCAAGACGUGUGGGAGGCGGCGGAAGCAGGAAGACUAGCUAAGUGGGUGGAUAAGAUGGACAGUGGCGAUGGUGAGGGGAUAGAAUUGGACGGUCGGGAUGCGCUGCAGCAGAAUGGGUUUGGUGCGGGGGUGGCGGGGCAGUCGCAUCAGGCGCAUCAGUCUGCUGGUACUGUCCCCGAUAGUGGCGUCUCCGUUAGUAGCUCAGGAUCGACAACCAACUACGACGUUACGGAUACCGCCGUCAGUGCGACGCCUGAGAGCCGAAUUACUGAGACAAGCGAAUAUGCUUCAAACGGAUCUGCUACAAACGCGGUCGCUCGGGGAGCGUGCGGCGGCGGGGCCGCCGCUGGCGUUGCGGCGGUUGUAGUACCCAGGAGUGACAGCGCGGCCGCCGCUGUAGUAGCUAACGACGCUACAGCUGCGGCGGCUGUAGCGCGGAGUUCUAGCAGCAGCGCGCCGCGCUACAGCCGGUCGGGGGGCCAUCGGCGGAGGUUCGUGCGCGCGGCUACCGCCAGCAGCGCGUCUAUGGAGCUGCGCGGAUGGGACAGGGGGAGCGGGGAGGGGGACGGGGGAGGGGAAUGGGAAGGGGAAGGGGAAGGGGAAGGGGAAGGGGAAGGGGAAGGGGAAGGGGAAGCGGAAGCAACGGGGCGAUUAGAGGAGGGGAGGGAGAGGGGAGCAGAGGGGGAAGCAGAGGGGGAAAUGGCAACAGUCAAGGCUGCGUUUCAGGCUCGGAGGUCCCAAACCUUGUCCGGACGAGUUGUGCUUUCCUCCCCGAGCCCACCUGGUAGCUUCGACAGCACGUUUGGCAGCACCUUUUCCCGAACCGAAUCUUAUGGCAGCGACUGUAGCAGUGUGACUGUAGGGGGAGGGGGAGGGAGAGGAGGGAGAGGGGAGGCCGGGAGAGAAAGGGGAAGGGAGCACAGAUGGCGGGCUGAAGCUCAGAUUGUCUCUGGUGCUGACGUGGCUGCUGACCUGGCAGCUGCUGAGCUGGCAGCAUCAGCAGCAGGUGACACGUCAGCCGCAUCCGACUCGUCACCAGCAGACGCAGUAGCAGCAGGGAUAGUCGUUUCCGCGUUGUUCACCCGAAGGUCCCACACCAUGCAGAACCGCAUGGUACCGCUCACCACCAUGGCGGUUACCACCCCAAGAGCCCCCGGCACUGCUGCUGCUGUGGCCACUCCGGGGCGGAAGGGGGGCAGGGGGAAGGGGAGGCGGGGGGGCCGUCCGCCUACUCCGUCUGUAGGGGCCGCGGCUGUGGUUAGUCCGGGGGGAGGGGGAGGCGGAGGGGGAGGGGGAGGGGGAAGGAGAAGGGGAGGGGGAGGUGGGGGAGCCAGUCCGGGAGCAGCAGGGGGAGGUAAUGGAGUGGUAAGUCCAGGGGGAGGUAGAUCUGAUGCUGGUGCAGGGAUAAGCCCAGGGGGAGGUAGAUCUGAUGCAGGUGCAGGGGCAAGCCCAGGGGGAGGUAGAUCCAGUACGAGUGCUGCACGGGUCAGCCCAGGGGGAGGUAGAUCUGGUGCAGGUAGUUUUAAAAGACGGUCUGGUGGAGUGGUGAGCCCAGGAGGAGGCGAAACGCAGGAGGAGCUAUCCUUCGAGACGAGAGAUCCAGAGGUGCUGACUCAGCAGGUGCCGAUUCAGCAUGUGCUGAGUCAGCAGGUGCUGACUCAGCAUCCACCAGAGGUGCUGUUUAUCGAACCGCCUGCGCCACGGUCGCAGGUGGUCUUCAUGGGGAGGGCGGCAGAACGCGGGCAGGUGCUAUCUGGGGGAGGCGCAACUGGAAGGGCGCAGGUGCUAUCUCUAGAAGUGCCCUCCCCAAGUCCUUCGCCUGGUCCCAGCUGUGGGAUGGAUUGGGAGGGGAUAGAGAUUGGCGAGGAGGGGGAGGAGGAGAUUGGGGAGGAGGAGGUAAUGUUUUUGAAGGGAGGGGAGGAGGACGAGGGGGAAUAUCAGCAGGGAUUGAGAUGGGAAAGAAGAGGGUUUGAUGAGGACGGGUGGGUUGGCGAAGAGGGGGGGGAUGGGGAAGGGGAGAGGGGGUGGAGGGGGGAAGGGUGGGAGGGAUGGAGAGGGGAGAGGGGGAUGGGCAGAGGAGAGGAAGGAGAGAAAGGAGAGGAAGAUGAGGGUGAAGAUGAAGUGGGGGAGGAGGGAGAGGAGGAGGACGAGGCGGAGUUUUGUUCGCCUACGUGGCGCGAGUGGCAUCACUCGGCGUUUAUUGAGGAGGGGGGGAUGAUGGGGGAGACGAUGGGAGAGAUGAUGGGGGAGACGAUGGGGGGGAUGAUGGAGGAGAAGAUGGGGGAGGUGGCGGAAGGCAGGGGAGUGGGGGAAGGCAGGGGGGUGGGGGAAGGCAGGGGGGUGGGGGAAGGCAGGGGGGUGGGGGAAGGCAGGGGGGUGGGGGAAGGCAGGGGGGUGGGGGAAGGCAGGGGGGUGGGGGAAGGCAGGGGGGUGGCGGAAGGCAGGGGGGUGGGGGAAGGCAUGGAGGAGGGCGAUGGAGGGGGGUCAAGGGAGGAUGCGAGGGAUGUCGUCAUAGUUGGAGCCCCCUAUCCGCUUGAGAAAGCAGCGGCUCCCCCCAUCCCUCACCCCCUUUUUCCCUUUCCUCCCCCUGUUAACCCUCUUCACCUCUCCCUACCCCGGUCUCCUUCCCCCAACCUCUUCAAAAUCAUCCUCAGGCCCCUAUUUGCUGGACGCUCCCCGCAUCCUCCUCUCGUCCCAACCCCCUUUCCCCACUUCCCCCCCCUCCCUUCCCCUACCCCCCCUAAUUAUCCCCUGCAGGCCCCUAACCGCUGGAAGCAGCGCCUCUCCCCGUCCUCUCCUGUUCCCCCCUUCUCCCCACUCUUCCCCCGCUCCUUCAACCCCCUUCACCCCCUCUCCCCACAAACCCUGCUCUGGGCCCUAACCGCUGGAAGCAGCGCCUCUCCCUUUCCCUUUUCCAUUCCAGCCCUCUUUCCGCCACUCCCCCCCCCUUCUCUCGCCCUCAUUCUCUCCGCUUCCCCCCAAACACCCCCCUGCAGGCCCUCAACUGCUGGAAGCAGUGCCUCCCCCCUUCCAGCUUCCGACAGGCUUCCGCCCCGCUCUCCCCUCCUCCCGCCUUUCCCCCAAUCCCCCUUUAACCCCCUCCCUCAAUCUUUCCUUGCAUGCCCCUAUCUGCUGGGAGCAACGCCUCCCCCCUUCCAGCAACCCACAGGUGGGGAGGCAUCUCGGGUGGUGACUUUCAGCACUGCUGCUGCCUCUGAUGGUGCUGGUGCUUCUGCCAUUUCGUCUUGCACCUCAUCUGCUGCUGUCCCUCCUACUCCCACCUCUGCUACCACUGCUUCUUCGUCUUCUGCUGUAGCAGCGAAACGCCAAGAGGGGAAAGCACUAAGAGGCCGUUCCAGAUCACUCGUUGAUGAUUGCACUUCUGACCCCUUCGCCCAUGCUAGUAAUGCCACUGCUAUUGCCGGUGCCGCCACCUCCGCCGCCGCUGCCGCGGCUGCUUCUGCUGAGAGUGCGAUUCCCGUGGCAAUGCGAAAGGUCGAGACACUGAGAACUCGUUCCAGGUCUCUUAUGGACGAAGGGGCAGCAGAACCCGUAGCUUCUCAGACACGUUUGGAGGCACCAGCAGGAAACGCACAGCAGGAGCAGUCUGUUUGCAUGAGGCGGGCCGAGACACUGAGAGGGCAUUCCAGCAGGGGAAUGGACCUACGGGGUAGUGCUGUUGCGGCUGCAGAGCAGCAGCAGCAGGUGGUGGAAAUGAGACGAGCCGAGACGCUGAGAGGUCAGUCUAGCAAAGGAUUCGACCUACGGGGUAUUGCUGUUGCGACUGCAGAGCAGCAGCAGCAGGUGGUGGAAAUGAGACGAGCCGAGACGCUCAGAGGAGCGUCUAAAUCCUACUCUAAGGAUAGUGCUGUCGAGAAGCAACAGCCAGUUGAUAUGCGGCGAGCAGAGACACUUAGAGGGCGGCGGGGGUCAGACUUGAGGGGUAGUGCUUUAGAGCAGCAGCAGUGGCAGCGGCAGCAGCAGCAGCAGCAGCAGCAGCAGCAGCAGCAGCAGCAGCAGCAGCAGCAGCAGCAGCAGCAGCAGCAGCAGCAGCAGCAGCAGCAGCAGCAGCAGCAGCAGCAGCAGCAGCAGCAGCAGCAGCAGCAGCAGCAGCAGCAGCAGCAGCAGCAGCAGCAGCAGAAGCCAGUUGAAAUGCGGCGAGCAGAGACGCUGAGAGGGAGGCCUGAAACCAUGCAAGUUGAUCCGACGGCUCAGAUUAAAGGCGAUUACCGGGACAUGAGGCGAUCUGAGACGCUCAGAGGGCGGGCAAGAUCUGCCCAGUUGGAUCCGACAGUUCAGAUUCAAAGCAGGCUGGAGAUGAGGCGAGCAGAGACAGUGAGAGGGAGCGUGAGAUCAGACCUAUUGGGUGGUGCUACGGAGCAGCAGCACCAGCCAAUCGAAAUGCGGCGAGCAGAGACUCUGAGAGGAUGGACGGGAACCAUGCAUGUGGAUCCGACGGUUCAGAUGAAAGGCGAUUAUCGGGAGAUGAGGCGAUCAGAGACGCUCAGGGGGAGGGCGAGAUCCAAUUCAAUGAUUUUACCCUCUCAGGGCGAACCCCAGAGUUUUGAGACGUCUCAAAACUCGGAGGAUUUACUCUCUCAGGGCGAACCCAAGGCGUUACCCACCCAUGUGGAUCCAACGAUCCAGAAUGGGGGAGAUUAUCGGGAGAUGCGCCGAGCAGAGACGCUCAGAGGGAGGGCGAGGUCCAUUUCAGUGGAUUUACUCUCUCAGGGCGAAAUGGGGGGUUUGAGGCGGGCGGACACGCUUCAUGGACGGUCCAGAUCAAUCCAAGCAGAUCCUGCGGCUCAGAAUGAUUCUGUGGAGCAGGAGCAGUGCUUAAUUAAGCGAUGGGGAAAGAGUGUUUCCAGUCUCUCCCCUCACAGUGUGUCCCCAUCUGGUUUCCCUCCUGUCCGCCUGUCUCCCCACAGUGUCUCUCCUCACAAUGUGUCUCCUUACAGUGUGUCUCCUUACAGUGUGUCUCCUUACAGUGUGUCUCCUUACAGUGUGUCUCAUUACAGUGUGUCCCCAUCUUGUCUGCCGCCUCCUCACAAUGUGUCUCCUUAUAGCGUGUCUCCUUUUAGCAUGCCUCCUCACAGCGUGUCUCCUUAUAGUGUCUCUCCUCACAGUGUCUCCCCGUAUAACGUGUCUCCUGCGAUGGUGUCUCCUUGCGGUGUGGAUGUGUGUGCAACGAUUCUAGAGCCAAGUCCGGGGAGAGUCGCACACACAGCAACACAUAGAGAAAGGAGCAGGAGCAGGAGCAGGAGCAUAAGCAGCCCUGGGGAGGAGGACAGUGUGGGGGCGAGGCGAGGGGAGGGUGUGGACGUCCGUGCAACGUCAUUAGCGCCGAGUCCGGGGAAGCAACACGCAGCAACGAGAAGAGAAAGGAGCAGGAGCAUAAGCAGCUCUGGGGAGGAGGAGAGUGUGGGGAUGAUGAGGCCAGGGGAGAGCGGUGUUGGUUCUUCUGCUGCUGCUACUACUGCUGCUGCUGCUGAUAUGGGAGAUGGUGCCUGGAGGAGCAGACUCAGGAGCACUUCAGGGGAGGAGAGUGAGGGGAUGAGGCGGGGGAAGAGUGGUGGUAGUGGUGGCGGUGCUGCUGCUGCUGCUGCUGCUGCUGCUGCUGCUGCUGCUGCUGCGGCUGCUGAUGUGGGAGAUGGUACCUGGAGGAGCAGAAGCAGGAGCACUUCAGGGGAGGAGGAAAGUGAAGGCACGAGGCUAAGGGAGAGUGGGGGGAUAGGCACAGGACGCGGAGCAACGCUUAGAGAAAGGAGCAGGAGCAGGAGCAUAAGCAUAGGCAGCUCUGGGGAGGAGGAGAGUGAAGGUGCGAGGCUAAGGGAGAGUGGGGGGAUAGGCACAGGAGAGAGUGUGCGGACGAGACGAGGUGAGGGGCUGCGAGGGCAGGAUGAGGCGAGGGGUGUUGCAGGGAUGGGAGGAUCGGGGGGUGAGAAGAGGAUGGGAGGGAUGGGGAUGAGAGUGAGAAGCGGGUCCGAGCUGGAUAGAAUGGGCGAGGGGGAGGUUGUGGAGAUGAGACGAGCAGAGACACUGCGAGGGGAGGGUGUGAGGAGUGGUGAGAGGAGGAUGGGAGGUGAGAGUGGGAAAGGGGUUGGGAGAGGAAUGGAAGGUGCGAGAGGGGUGGAGGGUGGAAAAGGGGGUGGUGCGAGAGGGGAUGGGGGUAUGAGAGUGAGAGCAAGGAGUGGUUCUGAACUGAGUGAGAUGGGCAAGGGGGGUGCGGAGGAAAGAUAUGAGGAGCGAGUUGUGGGUCCGAUGGUGGGUGGGGAGGAGCAGCAGCAGCAUGCAGGUGUGGCGAUGCGACGAGUGCAGACCAUGCGGGGGGAGGGUGUGAUGGGUGGUGCAAGUAGUGGGGGUGCAGCAGGUGGGGAGCAGCAGCACGAUGCUGUGGUGAUGCGACGAGUGGAGACCAUGAGAGGGCGAGUCGAGCAAGUGCAGGUAACGCGGGGGGAGCAGCAGACGACGCAACAGGGACAGCAGCAGGGGCAGCAGCAGGGGCAGCAGAAGGGGCAGAAAGGGCAGCAAGUUGCAGUGCAUACCGGCCCAAGGCUGAAAGGCAGUACACCUGCUGCUGGUGCUGCUGCUGCUAGUGCUGCUGCUGGUGCUGCUGCUGGUGCUGGUGGUGCUGCUGCUGCAGGUGUUGCUGCUGCUGGUGCUGCCACUGCUGCCGAGAGAAAGGGAAAGCAACCCUCAGCAGAACAACCCUUUUUAGGGACACCCUUUGCAAGCGCAGCUAAAGGGGGUGUGGCGAGGCAAGGAGGGAGCGUGAGGGAGCGGGGGCGGAAGAAGCGGCUGAAUGCGUGGGACGUGUUUGGGGAUGAGGAGGAUGUGAUUGGGCGGGAAGGGUGCGUGGUGGUGCAAUCAAGUGAUGCCAGUGCUGCUAGUGCUGGUGCGCGUGUGCUCAAUGCCAAGUGCUCCCCUCCUACCGGCUCCUCCCCUCCACUAGGUUUCGCUCCCAGCGUGUUUGAAAAAUUAGCGCCUGCCCGGAGUUUCACAUCUGCCCGGGAGGAGGAGGAGGAGGAGGAGGUUGACUCGAGUCCACCACUCGUGCGGUCAAAGUCUGAAAAGAGGGCGGCGGGGCGGAGAGGACGGGGACGUGAGGUUUCUGAGAAAUCUCAAAAGCCACCUGCAUCAAUCAGGGAUGUCAUAUCUGCGUGGGAGGAGGAGAGGGUUGACUCGGGUCAACCGCUGGUGCGAUCAAAAUCAGAUAGAAGGGGGAUUGCGCGUAGCGGAGGGGGGCGGGGGCAGGAUGGGCUGAUUUCUGAGUCAACUCAAAAGCGGGUGGGUGAGGGAAGAGGAGCGGGGCGAGAUGGGGUUGUGGGGAAGGGAGACGGGGGAUUGAGAGGAGACGAUGCUGUGGGAGGGAGAGAGGCGGUGGAGGGGACAAGGUUGCGCCGUGCUGUGAGUGUGCAAGGGGGGUUGGGUAGCCGUAUUGAGGCAUGGUCACAGCAGCAGAAGCAGCAGCAAAUGCAGAAGCAGAGACAGCAGCAGCAGCAACAGAGGCAGGAGGAAGAGGGGCAGCAGGAGGAAGGGCAGCAGCCGAGCAAUCGGGUGAGAUUACUGCUGCAGAGAUCAAUGAGUCGGAGGGAACGCGCAGCAGCGAAAGCCGCAGCACUAGAAGUGUUGUCAGCUGCUGCAGGAAGAGCCGCAGCAGAGGGAGAGAGAGAAACAGAUGCAGCCCCGACUGCAGAUAUGUUUGCUAAGAACACCGUUGAGGGGAGGGAGCAGAUGCAGCAGGGGGAGAGGCACAAGCAGCCUCAUAGACAGGCCUCUAUGCCUGCUCGCACGCCCAGAGGGACUAGUCUGAUGGAGAGAGAGUGGGCGAAAGGGGAGAUUGGCUCAACUCAACCCGUCAAGCCCAGGAGAAGUGAGGAUGGAGGGAAAGGGAGGAGGAAAGGGACGGGUGAAGCAGUCACACGAGGUGGAAUAGAGGAGGGGAGAGGGAGGGGAGUGGAAGGGGGAAGGGGGCAGGGGUCGCAGAGAGCAGCAGACGAGAAGCGGAGGCAGGGAGGGGGAGAGGAGGAGGGAGGGGAGAAGCAGCAGAGGGUGAGAGAGAAGGAGGCACUGAGGGAGAUGGAGAGGGAGAUUAGGGUUAUGCGGGAGAGAAGGGCGAGGGAGCGUGCUGCUGCGAGAAAAGCUGCCGAGAGCAAGACAGGUGUUGAGGGGGGGAGUGGGGGAGGUGUGGAGGGUGGGGGAAGGGAGAAGGAAGAUGGAAAGGGUAGGGAGGUUGGAGGGGGGAGUGAGUGUGGAGGAGAGCAACGAGGGUUAGAGAGGAGGAGCAAGAGUGUAGGAGAGGGUAGGCUGAGAGCAAGAGGGGUGGUAUGUGAGGGAAUAGAGGAGGCGGAUUUAGAAGAGGAGGAGGAUGUACCUAGCUACCCCCCUUUGAGUCGCAGCCGCACUCAACCCAAUCGCUUGCCUUCUAACCCAUGCACACCGCGUUACACCCACCUCCCUCCCUUCUCACCACAUCCCUCCCUUGCCCCCUUGUCCCUUGCCGAACCUGGCCCCGAACCUGUUUUCCAAACUGCUUACCACUUCGACCUGGUCCAACCGCUCUCUCCAGACCCACAGGUCUGGGAGGAGCCCGAGGCUGAAACCGAACCUGAGAACGACCCCCGAGCCAAGCGCCGAGGCUUCCGAGAUAGGCUGUUCGGCCGAAGCUCGAGCGGAGGUCGGGACAAACUCGCAGAGGCGGACAGGGAAGUGAGGGUGCUGAAGGCUCAUGCUGGGAGGAAGGGGACUCAUGGAGGGAGUGUGGGGGGUUUGGAAAGCCGAAACAGCCUGUUUGGGCGAGAAGGGUCGUAUGGGCAAGACGGGGCGUAUGGGCAAGACGGCUUGUUUGGACGGGAUGGGUCGUAUGGGAGGGAGGGUGCAUUGGGCCUGGAUGGCAGUGGUGGGAGAAUGAGCAGAGACGGGUCUCUGAACGAGCAUGCUGCCGUGAUGAGCCGAGAUGCUUUGUUCGCUCGGGACGGGCAAGGCGAGAACGCUUCUGGUGGGGUUGGUGGUGCUGACAUGCAGGUUGAGUGCGGUACUGAGGGUAGCAGUGCGGUUCCUUUCUUGCCACAGGUGAAGCACCAAGCAGAGGCAUACACAGAGAGUGGCGGCAGUGGCACCAGCAGCGGCGGCGGCCACAAAGGGGGUCGCUUUUCCCUGAGAAGACACCUGCAGCGGCUCAAAAGCGGCGAGGCUAAGGCUCCGGCUAACUCUCCAUUACCCCGGGUAGUUGACUCGCUGUUUGAUUUUGCCCCUGACGAGGCUGCAGGUGUUUCCUCCCCUACGCUCUCCUCCUCCCCUUCCCUCUCCUCUUCCUGGGCUGGUAUGUUCUCCCGAACCCAGACUGGGAGCCGCCUGUCAGGUUCGGUAAGCAGCUGGGUCCGAAGCAGCUGGGGAGGCUCGGGAAGGGGGAGUAGGGAUGGGGAUGGGUUGAGCGAAGUUGCCUCCGCGGCUGUUGCCACUGCUGCUAGUGGUGGUGGUGGUUGCGCUUCUGCUUUUGACAGUAAUGGGUACGGCGACAUUGGUGUUGUGCCUAUGCGGAGGAGCAAAACGGAUGGGAGGAGGGACUAUAUCGAGAAAGGAGUGAUCCCUGUCAGCAUGAGCGAGAGCAUGAGUUUUGCAGAGAACGAGCUCGUGAAUGUGAUGCGACGGGGGGGUGUGAAAGGGAUGAUGGAAGGGAUGGAUAGGAUGGGGGGGGUGGAGGCAGGAGAGGAAGAUGUGGAUGUGGAAGGGGUAUAUGAAGCAGCACGGUUUGUCCCUCUCAAGGUGCCCAAGUCCCCUUCCUGGGCCAGUGAGAUGGACAUGUGGGCAACGGGGGGGCGAUAG